AUGGAUUCUGUUCCUAAAGCACCUGGUAAAGAAGUUCGUCAUCAUGAUAAUUUAGGUUUUAACAAUGAAUCGAAUUCACAAAAGGUUCCUUCUAUUGAACUUCCUGAUGAUUUAUUUGAAGAAGGUUUAAAUCCAUGGAAGUUUUCACUAAUUGGAAUAUUAGAUUUACAACAUAUAAAAUUUGUAAAUGAUGCUAUUAUUUUACGACAACAAUGGAAACUCGUUGGAGAUUGUAAGCUCAUUCCACUAGGAAGAAUUUUUUUCACUAUUAAGUUGGAUAAUGAAACUGAUCGCAGAUUCAUCAAAUCAGGUCAAUGGGAAGUUUUAAAUCAGGUGUUACAAGUAAGAAAUUGGAUUUCUAAUUUUAUACCAUCAAAGAAAAUUACAUCUAAAGCUCAAGUUUGGGUUCGUUUUCCUGGUUUGGGCUUGGAAUUCUGGAAGGAAAAAAUUCUUUUCACUAUCUGUAAAGAGAUUGGUACUCCCAUUAAGAUUGAUACUGCUACUGCUAAAUGUGAAGUUGGGUAUUAUGCAAAUAUGUUGGUUGAGAACAAAAGAGCUUCUGAACGCAGAGCUCCACCAAAGCUUAAAGCUAGUGCUGAGAUUCCUCAUACACCUUUUGACAUUUGUGACAGGUCAAUGGUUGAAAGUUCUCCAUCAAAGGUACAACCUAGUACUUCUAACUCAGUUAUUCAGCCUAAUUCAACAGAAGAUUCAGUUGUUUUAAAUAUUGCUACUCCAGUUACUCAUUCAUCUUCUAGUGGUCCAACAAAUUCUGUAGUAGGAGGGAGAUUUAGCGCACUCAAUAAUUCUAAUGAUAAGGAAAAUGAUAUUGUAGAAGACCCAACUGUUCAAGUUGAAUUAUCUCCUAAAAAAUUACUUCAAAUUGCAGAAGUAACUGAAUUGGAAAAUAGUGUGGUGAAAUUUAUUGAUGCUGAUUCAGGGAAAGUAACAACAGAUUCAGUUCCUUUACAUCUUGGUCUUCAGUGGUUAAGACAUCCUCAAGGAAUGAUAGCUAUGGAUGUAGGAUAUGUGCUGGUGUUUGGGGUUCAUGCACAUGUUAAUGUUGUUCAAAGAAGAUAUUUAUGGUCUGAAAUGCAACUUAUCAGUGAACUUAAAAAACCUCGGGCUAUAUUAGGUGAUUUCAAUGUUGUUUUAUCAAUUGAGGAAAAAGUUGGUGGUAGAUCACCUUCAAGGAUAUCUAUGACUGAUUUUAAUGAUUGCAUCAAUUCAUGUGAACUUCUUCAAGCUCCUAAGAUUGGCCUAGAUUUCUCUUGGUCCAAUUGUCAGCAAGGCAGUCAAAGAAUACUAUGUAAUCUAGAUAGAGUUGUGUUUAAUAUGUGA